AUGAAGCCCUGGGUUCUCCUACUGAACGUGAUCAUCUAUGGGGUUGUGAUGCCUCUGCCUGUGCUGGGAGGCCUCAGGAACAAGACAUUUUUUUCAGUUGGAAGAACAGUGGUCGAGCAGUGCUGGAUACAGCCUCUGUUACAGUACUGUGAGAAGAGGUGCACUAGAUUACAGGAGUGUUUAUCUCCCAAUCAUACAUGCUGCUGGACCUUCUGUGGAAACAUCUGCUUGGACAAUGAGUGAGUUGUUUGGAGUGGCAAGGUCGGGCCUAGAUAUGCUUCCUCA